AUCCGUGAAACGUACGUUUCAGGGUUAUUUGUUUUCUUCUUUUCCCUUUUAUUUUUUACAAAGCGAACGAGGUUAUUUAUACCCGUCGCUUUCGCUAUGAACGAUACAAUCAAGUGCUUGGCGCCUAUCUGAAGCACUUUACUGCUCGAAUUACGUUCUGUUUUCGUAUUGAAGUCGCUGAUUUCGUUAGAAAUUUUUCUGUGUGGUCACGCCAAUAGAUUUGCGUGCUGCACUUUCGUGGUCGUUUCAAUACGCGUUUAAUGCCUUUAAUUUCUCCGGUAGCAUAGGCUGUUUCACUCGCAAUUAUAUGCGAUAAAUUUUCGGCUACAAAAUUUUCUCACGUUCUAAUCGCAAACGAACAUCUCUGCUGGUUUACUAUAAUCAUGAUAAAUAAUUAAUGUCCGCAUUCGGACAUCCACAACCUAGAUAUUACAUUUUUUGAAUAGUACAAGGAAUAGACAGUCACGCACUCAAGAAAAACCCCCCUCCCCUUUUCACAACUCUUCCAGACCGUAUGCACAAAAUGAAAAAAACGGUGGUGUACAAGAGUGAUUAUGCAGACAGCUGUAUGCGAGAACGCCUGCAGUCUCGUACAAAAUCAGUGACACAAACUAUCCGUCACGCAAAUCAGGUCAGACGUUGACGGCGUCGAACGAAUUAACCAAUAAGGAAGGAGUGAAAAUCAGAUACCAGUUCCGCGUCAGGAUUAGCCAAUGAGAAGGCAGCUGUGAAAAGGGGGUGUGGGAGGAGUUUAUGUUUGAAUGACGCAGAGAGCGCGAACCGUCAGAGGUCAAGAGCAGAAGACAGCCAAAAGACGAACAAGCGUCAUGCAGGAUUACCGUCGACACGAAGACGUGAAAAAUAUGCCGACGACAUCUCCUCCGCCAACAUCAAGUCGUAUUCUAGUCGACGUUCCGUGUAAGGUGUGCAGGGAUCAUUCAAGCGGCAAGCAUUACGGGAUUUACGCCUGCGAUGGGUGCGCAGGAUUUUUUAAGCGUUCCAUUAGACGUAAUAGGCAGUACGUAUGCAAGAACAGAGCCGGAUCGCCCUGUCCAGUUGACAAGACCCACCGCAAUCAAUGUAGAGCAUGCCGGUUAAAGAAGUGCAUAGAGGCUGGAAUGAACAAAGACGCCGUUCAACACGAAAGGGGACCCCGCAAUUCAACCAUUCGUCGCCAGAUGGCACUCUAUUUAAAAGAAUCAAAUGAUAUGGCAACGACCGUCUUUCCAGCGGCAUUCCGCCAUCCUUAUCUCCAUCAUCCGGCUACAUUCCUCUCACCGCCUCCACCCUUGCCUCUGGCCUCAGUUCGACCGGAAGUUAGGACAUCGCCAGCUAUAGUGAUUGAAGAACGUAACUCAACUCCAACACCGACGUUGACAACGACGUCAAUUAAGUACGCUCAUGAGUUGCCACCCACACCACCCACAAGCGUCGAUUCCGCUGAAUCGGUGUGUGAAGCUGCCGCCAGAAUCCUCUUCAACAUCCUGAGUUGGAUGAAGAGUACACCAGCCUUUCUCCGUCUACCUGUAAGUGACCAAUUAAGCUUGUUAGAGGAAGGAUGGCGGGAAAUGUUUGUACUAGGAGCUGCUCAAUUUCAACUACCAAUCGAAGCUGCAUCUCUUUUAACUGCUGCUGGAAUAUCGCCAGAUAAAUCACCCAGCGAUGACUCUAUCGCGGCUAUUGCAGAGAUAAGAGUCCUUCAGGACACUAUCGCCAAAUUCCGCUCAAUGCAGGUUGACCGGAGCGAAUAUGCUUGCUUAAAAGGCAUCGUCAUCUUCAAAACAGCCGUUCAAAAUAACGACAUCAAAAGCGCUCAAGAUAUAGCCGCUAUCCAAGACCAAGCUCAAGUGACUCUUAGCACCUACAUCAACAAAGCCUAUCCGUCUCAACCCCUCAGAUUUGGACAAUUACUCCUACUCCUUCCCUCAUUAAAGUCGGUGAGCUCGGCAACUAUCGAACGACUCUUCUUCAAGAAGGCGAUUAGAGAUGUUCCAAUUGAUAAAUUAUUAGUAGAUAUGUACAAAUCGAACGACUAUAUUAAUGAAAUUCCACUUUCCUAGAGAAUUGGGCUGUUAUUUAUACAGUUUAAAAACAAAUACAAUAAACUUAUAUCUAUAAACUGUAUUCAUAAGAGCUUAAAGCUUUUUUAUAU